CGUGAUGAUGUUUACGAAAUUAUUUUGACGUGAAGUUCAUCAUUGAAAAAAGUAAAAAAAAAAUAUUUUCGUUUUGAGUUUGCAUUUCCAGCGAAUUGGAUAAAUAAAAACAAUUGCAAUUACACAUGACUGGUUAGACAGAAUCGAAAGUUGUUAAAUUCAGCGAUUCAACAAGAGCAACUACAUUUUCCACACGAAAUGACCAUGGAAAUGCACAGUAACUUCGUUCAUCCAGUCACUUCGUUGAUACUGCCAGUUCUUUUACGCCCAAUUCUUUCACAGUUGGAGCGACGUGAUGCAGCUGCAUCGCAACAGUUACGUGCCGCCCUAACGAAAGCUGAACAGACCCAUCCGGGACUGUCGUACGAAAUUGUCAUGGGCAUUUUGAAGAAGGGCGAUCUGAAUGUAAAUAUGAACGAAAGUAUUUUAAGACUGCAGGGUAGUGCUUCCGAAACGGACUUAGUAGAAUAUCGUUUGAAUCGAACGGAUGAAGCCUUCCAAGAAUUGAAUAAGAAAUCGGCAUCGCUGAAACGGAUACUGAGUCGAAUUCCGGACGAAAUUAGCGAUCGAAAGAAGUUCUUAGAGACAAUAAAAGAAAUCGCUAGUGCCAUUAAACGACUACUAGAUGCUGUCAAUGAAGCUGCACCGUUCAUACCAGGAACGUCUGGAAAACAGGCAGUCGAGCAAAGGAAGAAGGAAUUUGUCAAGUAUUCGAAGAAGUUCAGCACUACAUUGAAAGAGUACUUUAAGGAAGCUCAGCCGAAUGCGGUGUUUGUGAGCGCCUUGUACCUCAUCCAUCAGACGAAUCAAAUAAUGAUAACCGUUAAAAGUAAAUGUGAGUAAGUAAAAUGUAACUUUCUUCUAAAAGAAAAGCGAAACAGAGAAAGAAAAAUCGAAAUGCCAAUCCAUUAGAUUUACUGAAUUACUUAACAAGAAUUGAUAUAAUCAAUAAAAUAAAAUGCAAAAAAAACCGGAGGAACGAGAACAAAUUAUUUAAAAAAAAAAGAAAAGAAUUAAAAUUAGAAAUUAUAGAUGAAAAGGGCAAUAAAAUUAUGUUUAUCACAGAACGUUUAGAUUGUAUAACAUCUGUCCGUGUAGAGAGGUUUAUUUAGAACCGUGAAUCGGAUUGGUCAUCAUUGUAUUCGUUCCCGAUAAUUCCAUUUUUUAUUAUUAAUUUACAAAAAA